AUGGGUAACGCCAGCAGUGCUAUGCUGGAGAACAUUGUUCAGGGAUCCAACUGUAUGCGAACGCCCCGUUGUAUAUCAGGCAUGCAAGGCUGUGGGCUAAUACGAGGCAGUUGACCGCGAUGAGGUCGAGAGAAUACGCAAACGGUUCAUGAAGCUUGACAAGGUUCGCAUAACCCUCUUUCCGUCUACUGAAAGUACGGUAUACUCACACUGCCUAGGACAACUCUGGAACCAUCGAACGGGAAGAGUUCUUGAGUCUGCCCCAAAUCUCCUCCAACCCCCUAGCCACUCGGUCGGUACAGCCUAGUAUCCACGAAUUCCUCCCAAAACUGACGUUUUCCCAGCAUGAUUGCCAUUUUCGACGAGGACGGAGGUGGAGACGUUGAUUUCCAGGAGUUUGUCUCGGGGCUCUCCGCCUUUUCAGCCCGGGGGAACAAAGAGCAGAAACUACGCUUCGCAUUCAAGGUCUACGAUAUUGAUCGGGAUGGAUAUAUCAGUAAUGGGGAGCUUUUCAUUGUGCUCAAGAUGAUGGUGGGAAGUAACUUGAAGGACCAACAGUUGCAGCAGAUUGUGGAUAAGACGAUUAUGGAGGCGGACUUGGAUCGCGAUGGCAAGAUUAGCUUUGAGGAGUUUACAAAGAUGGUGGAGAAUACGGAUGUUUCUAUGAGUAUGACUUUGGGUAUGUCUUUUUCCCUUCCACUUCCAAUCUCUCCUAUAUAUACUCACGGUAUCGCCUACAGAUCAGUUCUAGAUAUGAUACCAUUACUUCCCUUCGAAACGAACCCGAUUUACGAUGCACCUACCACAUUCCAACAUGGGAUCCUUUGGCGAGCUCUGACAGAUCGUAUGUAGAUUCGUACACUGAUGAUUACCCGGGAAUGCAAUGCACGCGAAAGUGAUUGUGCGGUAAAUAAUAUGCCUCGACGGCCUGAUGAUCCGAAGAUUACAUGAACAGCACCUCUGGUUAGGCAGGUAGCAAUGAACAAUGUCUGCUUUCCCGGA